UGACGUAAAAAUGCUUGCCGUUUAUUUUUUAAUAAUUUCCGUUGCGGCUAUUGCAUCAGGAUCGCCAAUUGACAAUUAUCCACCAAAACAGGAUUGCAAUAGCUCAAAAGAAAUAAGAGUGAGAUGUGGAGCAUUUUGUCCAGCUACUUGUAGCGGAAAAGAAGCAGCACAACAAUGCCUUGCAGUUUGUGUGCCUAAUGUUUGCGAAUGUCUUCCAGGGUACUUAAGGAAUGAUAUCACAUGGAAAUGUGUUUUACCCUGCGAUUGUCCAAAAAUCAAGGAGAAUGAUGAAAAAUAAAAAUUUCAAAAGCCUAGAUAUUUAUUUUUCUUCUCAUUAUGAAUCAUACAACACAAUGUAAUUUUUGA